AUGAAACCAUCUACUCUCUACUCUUCUCUACCCUGGGUCAUCACGUCCCUCUUCACGGUAGCUGUUCAUGGCGCUCCUACAGGGACAAAGUCGAAUCCUCCCCUACGAGGCUCCGAGAAUCUGCUGGGUUACUCGGGCUCCAACACCGUGACGGACCAGUCCACCGAUGAUAUCCCCUAUGUCCCGGUGCCAGGACAGACGGAUUCCGCUGACCUCGGCGUAUACCUGGACUUUGACGAUGUUGAGAACCCGCAACCGGUCCGUGGAAGCACGGGAGGAACUGACCCUGGACCUCGCAACGACUACUACGAUCGGAUGAACAGCGAUAAGCUGGCCCCUCCGGGAACGGACAAUGGCCAGACGAUCAAUGCCCAAUGGCCUAUGGGUGAGCUGGGAUUGAAUGAGUCUGGAUGGGCUCGGCAAGAGAACGAGGUGGUGAUGCCGGGCGCGACCGACAUGGCUGGAGUGGAUAUGCGCCUAGAAGCAGGUGCCUAUCGGGAGCUGCAUUGGCAUGUGGCAUCGGAAUGGUCUCUGGUGUUGAACGGAUCGUGUCGGAUCGAGGCCGUUAAUGAGAACGGACAAACUUUCGUCGAUGACGUGAGUGCCGGUGAUGUCUGGUUCUUCCCUCCCGGUGUUCCGCAUUCCAUCCAAGCCCUCGACUCGGGCGUCGAGUUUCUCCUCAUCUUCGACGACGGGUCCUUUUCCGAGGAUAAUACCUUCCUCGCUACUGAAGUGUUUGCUCAUCAACCGCGCGAAGUUCUUUCUAAAAACUUCGACCUCCCCGUCGCCGCUUUCGACGACAUCCCCGAAGAUGAACUCUAUAUCUUCCCUGGCACUCCGGCACCGCAAAACAUCUCCGAGCAGAAUGUAACCGGCUCCGCAGGCGUCCUGCCUCAGUCUCAAAGCUACUCGUAUCACUUCUCCGAGCAGCCCGCACACGAAGUGCAAGGCGGGUCCGUCAAGAUCGUCGACUCCCUCACUUUCCCGAUCUCCUCCAACACGGCCGCCGCGCUGGUGACAGUGCACCCAGGUGGCAUGCGUGAAAUUCACUGGCACCCGAGCAGCGAUGAAUGGACCUUCUUCAUCAGCGGCAAGGCACGCGCGACCCUGUUCACGGCGCCCAGCACGGCUACGACGUUCGAUUACCGCCCGGGUGAUGUAGGAUACUUCCCGCAGAGCAACAGCCAUUAUAUUGAGAACACAGGAGAUGAGGAUUUGGUGUUUCUGGAAGUGCUGCAGACGGAUGAAUUCACCGAUAUCUCAUUGGGCCAGUGGAUCGGAUCCACGCCGAAGCAGAUUGUCGCGGAUACGCUGCACCUGCCGCAGAGUGCGCUGGAUCGGCUGAAGACGGAGAAGAUUUGCUAUUGUGGGAUGUUUGAUGAUCUUUAUGAUACUGAUGACUGGACAUAUUGUAAUGGGACAUAUUUUUUUGUCAUUUUGUUAUGA